UCUCCCACUUACGAGACUGAAGAUUUCGUUGUUAAAUUUCCGAGGGGGUUGGGAAAACUUUCGCGGAUUCAUUUGAAGAACGGCAUCGACAUUACAAUCUUCUCACCCCUUCUCAAUCUCGACAUUACGAUGAGGGGUUGAUGAUAUCCAGUUCCUAAAGUGCCCGAACCCCGCCUACCAGCUUCGAGAAGCUCGAGUACAAACCACCACACCGACUUUCUUAACUUUAACCUACUUGCCUCGCAAUCUUCGAAGUCAUGGCAACACCAGGUACUGCUCUCCGAGCUCAGCUUGGGAUAUUUACAGUCCAAACCAGAACUCUAGCUGCGAGAAAACCAAGUCAACUCACGCGACCAUGGGUUUGUCACCAAUGCACGAAGUCGAGGGUGAAAGCAGGUUCAAUUGGAAGACGAACCUUCUAUACAAGCUCUGCCAACGACGAGACCACAAAGGCACCCUCUGCGAAUGUCUCGAAAGGCAAUUACUUGCCUCUAGAUACAUUCGCGAGGCGACACAUUGGCCCCUCAGCAGAUACCACGGAGCAGAUGCUGAGAGCAUUGGACCCUCCAGUCAAAGACUUGGACGACUUCGUUAAACAAGUUCUGCCUGGGGACAUCUUAUCUUCCAAAGAUCUUCAAGUUGAUGCUGCAGGAGCUGCAGGAGAAGAAGGGUUCACGGAAUCACAAUUGCUUGCGCGACUUCGGUCAAUUGCUUCGCAGAACACGAUCAUGAGGAGCUACAUUGGGUGUGGAUAUGCCGGCACGCGAGUGCCAGAAGUUAUCAAGAGAAAUGUAUUGGAAGGACCAGGGUGGUACACAAGUUAUACGCCAUAUCAACCAGAGAUCAGUCAGGGCAGACUCGAAUCACUGUUGAACUUCCAAACAUUAGUUUGUGAUUUGACUGGACUCCCAAUUUCGAACGCAUCACUGCUGGAUGAAUCUACUGCUGCUGCCGAAGCUAUGACACUGUCUUUGAGUGCCUCUCGAAGCAAAAGUAAGAACAAAACAUUCUUCGUCAGUCACCUAGUACACCCACAAACCAAAGCGGUACUUCAAAGUCGGGCAGAUGGAUUUAACGUCACAAUUGAGGUCGGCGAUGUGCUCGCAGAUGGUGGCAAGCGGGUAAAGGAGCUUGGCAAUGAUCUCAUUGGAGUUCUUGUACAAUAUCCAGAUACUGAAGGAGGAGUGGAAGAUUUCAAGGGUUUGGCGGACAUCAUUCACAAACAAGGUGCUACUCUGAGUGUGGCAACCGAUCUCCUGGCCUUGACUGUCCUUUCACCACCUGGAGAGUUCGGAGCGGACAUUGCUUUUGGCAAUGCUCAACGUUUUGGUGUACCUUUUGGAUUCGGUGGACCACAUGCUGCCUUCUUUGCAGUAAGCGAUCAGUACAAGAGAAAGAUCCCCGGUCGUCUUAUUGGUGUAUCAAAAGACAGGUUGGGAGACAAGGCAAUGAGAUUGGCUUUGCAGACUCGAGAGCAGCACAUCCGACGUGAGAAGGCCACCAGUAAUGUAUGCACGGCCCAGGCAUUGUUAGCAAACAUGAGUGCAUUCUAUGCUGUCUAUCAUGGACCUCAGGGGCUCAAGAACAUUGCCGAACGAGCUAUCAAUGGUGCCAGAAUCUUGGAGGAGGGCCUACGAUCUCUGGGAUAUGACACUGGUUCAAGGGGCAAAGGAGAGGAUGGAAGAGUAAUCUUCGACACUGUCGUCGUCAAUGUCGGCCAGGGAAAAGCUAACGAGGUCAUGCAAUAUGGCGUUGAAAGAUUCGGCAUCAAUUUGAGAAAGUUCGAUGAAAGUCGCCUAGGCAUAACGAUCGAUGAGACUGUGGAUUUGAAGGAUCUUGAGGAGAUUCUUGCAAUCUUCGCCAAAUUUUCAAGCUCCUCGAAGGGUGUCCAGAUCAGCCAGAUCAUUGAAUCUUUGCCAGUCAAUGGCGCGAUCCCUAUUCCGUCUAAGUUCCAGAGAACGUCCGAAUAUCUCACUCAUCCAGUCUUCAACUCUCACCAUUCCGAAACCGAACUCCUUCGCUACAUCCAUCACCUCCAAUCCAAAGAUCUUUCUCUUACUCAUUCCAUGAUUCCUUUGGGUUCUUGCACCAUGAAGCUCAACGCAACGACUGAAAUGGCGCCGGUGACUUGGCCAGAAUUCGCUUCCAUUCAUCCAUUCGUGCCUCCCAACCAGGCCACUGGCUACAAGGUCAUGAUUGAUGAAUUGGAGGCUGACUUGGCAACGAUCACUGGUUUUGAUGCCGUCUCUUUGCAACCAAACUCUGGUGCCCAAGGAGAAUUCACUGGUCUUCGAGUCAUUCGUAAGUACCAAGAACAACAGCCAGGAAAGAAGCGAGAUAUUUGCUUGAUCCCAGUCUCCGCCCACGGCACGAAUCCUGCAUCUGCUGCUAUGGCUGGAAUGCGUGUUGUCACGGUGAAAUGUGACACAAAAUCUGGGAAUCUCGAUAUGAAUGAUCUAAAAGCCAAGUGUGAGAAACACAGCGAAGAACUAGGUGCCAUCAUGGUCACUUACCCGAGUACAUUUGGAGUAUUUGAACCUGAGAUCAAGGCUGUCUGCAAUCUUGUUCAUCAACAUGGUGGACAGGUUUACAUGGACGGCGCCAACAUGAAUGCCCAAAUCGGCUUGUGCUCACCAGGGGAGAUUGGUGCAGAUGUCUGCCACUUGAACUUGCAUAAGACUUUCUGUAUUCCUCAUGGAGGUGGAGGUCCAGGAGUGGGUCCAAUUGGUGUCAAGUCACACCUUGCUCCUUUCCUUCCUGGUCAUCCUCUGGUCCAGACUGGUGGGGAGAAGGCAAUCGCUCCUGUAAGCGGUGCUCCUUGGGGUAGUGCAAGCAUUCUCCCAAUCAGCUGGGCCUACAUCAAGAUGAUGGGUGGCCGUGGCUUGACACAUGCGACCAAGAUCACACUGUUAAAUGCUAAUUACAUCAUGUCAUGCCUCCGCCCACAUUAUCCGAUCGUUUACACCAAUGCCAAUUCCAGAUGUGCUCACGAGUUCAUUCUUGACGUUCGAGGUUUCAAAGAGACUGCUGGUAUUGAGGCUAUCGAUGUUGCCAAACGACUGCAAGAUUACGGAUUCCAUGCUCCGACUAUGAGCUGGCCCGUGGCGAACACUCUUAUGAUCGAGCCCACAGAGUCCGAGAGCAAAGAGGAACUUGAUAGAUUCAUUAAUGCUUUGAUUUCUAUUCGCAAAGAGAUUCGAGCUAUUGAGGAAGGCAAAGUGCCAAAGGAUCGCAAUGUUCUCAAGAUGGCGCCUCAUACCCAGAAAGACUUGAUUGUUGGCGAGUGGGGUCGACCUUACAGCAGAGAACAGGCUGCAUACCCUCUUCCGUGGCUGAAGGAGAAGAAAUUUUGGCCCAGUGUCACUAGAUUGGAUGAUGCAUAUGGGGACCUUAACCUCUUCUGCACUUGCGGACCAGUUGAGCCUGUCGACGAAGUAGACGGUAUUACAGGUGCAUCGGCCCCUUCACCAACAUAAUUGUACAAUGUAAUGUCACUAUAAGGAGCGGAAAUUUUCAACAUUGAAUGUGCGUGGAGUUGAUGGCAUUACAUAGUCUGGCAUAUAUGGUG